AUGGCGGGGCUGCAGGGGAAUGGCAGCAAGACCACCACCAUCACAGGUGCAGGCCUCGAGGGGCUGGAAGAAACAGGGCCAGAGCCACUUCCAGGAGGUCAAGGAAAAGAGGAGCUCCACAGCACAAGGCCUAAUGGGCAACAGAGCAGAGCCAGUGUGCUACCUGGCUCCAUUAUCUUGCUUCCACCCACAGCAGAUCUGGUCCAGGCAGCUCAGACGGUAAGAGACUCACCAGGGAUGCCAAGGAGCUUAAAAAGAAGGUAUCUGGCGCAAGAGAAAGCUUUCUAUAAAGGGGGAACAGACUGGAUGUUCCAGCCGGCGCAAGACCGAGGCCAGCGAGCACGCUGGAAGGCAGCCGGCUCUGCGGGAAGGAAAGUUCCUCUCCUGAUCCCGAGUCUGGUGAGCAGUGGACGCCAUUUGGCUGUAAAAGAAAAGAUUAUGGCUCCUGAUCCUGGGGGUCAUCCAGAUCAGGUUCCUUAUGUCAUGAUCUGGCAGGAUCUGGUGGAAAAUCCGCCCAAGUGGUUAAAACCUUUAGUUCACAGGCUUCCUAGUUCUUCCAAUUCACAGGUCCUGGUGAUGGAAACUCCCCCGGAAGAAACUAAAAGGAAAGAGGACCCAAAACCCGUCCUUCAGGAAUCAUCUUAUCCGAACCUGAUAGAUUUAGAAACAGAGAUAAGGCCUCCGCCGAAUGCCCCCCCCAUUGCAAUUCCCUCCGAGGGGAGGAACUCCCCCGGGCGAAGCAAGAGGGCGCUCCCCGUCCUGGUGGGACCAGCUAACCCGGACGGAGAGCGAACCUACCAGUACUGGCCCUUUUCCACGAGUGACCUGUACAAUUGGAAGACCCAGAACCCUCCUUUCUCAGAGAAGCCCCAAGGCCUCAUUGACCUCUUAGAUUCCGUUUUGUUCACUCACAACCCCAUCUGGGAUGACUGUCAGCAGCGGUUGCAGGUGCUCUUCGCCACAGAAGAAUGGGAGCGAAUUCUGGCAGAGGCACGGAAACGGGUCCCGGGGGUUGACGGGAGACCAACCGCCCAGCCUCAUCUCGUGGACGAGGGGUUUCCUCUGUUGCGGCCUAACUGGGAUUUUGAGCGAGUGGAAGGUAGGGAGCGUCUCCAAGUAUACCGCCAGACUCUAAUGGCUGGCCUGCGGGCUGCAGCUAGAAAGCCGACAAAUUUGGCGAAGGUAAAUUUAGUAAGGCAAGAGCCCACUGAGAGCCCGGCAGCCUUCCUAGAGAGGCUCAUGGAAGCCUUUAGGCAAUAUACACCUAUGGACCCCCAGGCUGAGGAGCCACGCGCUGCAGUUCUGUUAGCAUUUGUAAAUCAGGCAGCCCCAGAUAUCAGGAGGAAAUUACAAAAGAUAGAGGGAUUGGGAGAACAGACAAUACAAGAUUUACUGAAAGCAGCUGAAAAGGUAUUUAAUAAUAGAGAGACCCCAGAAGAAAGGGAAGAGCGAAUUCCACGGGAGGAAAGGGAAUUAGCUGAGAAGAUCAGGAAGGAAGAUAGGGAACAUAGGGCGAAGGAAAACCAGAAGAAUCAGAGGGAGCUAGCCCAGAUACUGUUUGCGGGGAUAAAGGCCAGAACAGAAUUGAGGGAGCCUCAUGACCCCCAGAUGGGAGAAAAAGAGAGACCAAAAAGGCAAGCCCUAAAGAAAGAUCAGUGUGCUUACUGCAGAGAAUGGGGACACUGGAAAAACGAGUGCCCUAAGAGGGACCUGAAGAGAGGAACAACCCAGAGAGAGAGAAUCUCCCCUGGAACUUGAGUUCUAUAUGCGGGGGAAGACAGUGACUAGGGGAGUCAAGACUCAGCACCCCUCCCCGAGUCCUGGGUAACCAUACAUGUGGAGGGGAAACCCGUUGGCUUUAUGGUGGAUACUGACGCCCAACACUCUGUUUUAAAUAAAAAACUGGGACCAAUGUCUAAGAAAACCAGCUUAGUGCAAGGAGCCACGGGACAAAGAUAUUGCUGGACCACAGAACGGAAAGUAAAUCUGGGGACCCACCAGGUGUUCCAUUCGUUUUUGGUGAUACCAGAAUGCCCAGCCCCUCUACUUGGAAGAGAUUUAUUGACUAAAGUUAAUGCUCAGAUCCAUUUUGACCCUGGGGAGAUGUCAGUCACGGAUGGACUUGGACAGCCGAUACAAGUCUUAUCCCUAGCUUUAAGAGAUGGAUACAGACUUUUUGCGCCUAAGCCCUCAGAGGUCAUAGCACCAGAUGUACAACCGUGGGUCCACAAAUACCCAUUGGCCUGGGCAGAAACAGCAGGAAUGGGACUAGCCAAACAGAGACAUCCAGUCGUCAUCGAGCUAAAGGCCAAGGCAAUUCCUAUGAGUAGACAGUACCCUAUGAGCCAGGAAGCUCGGCGGGGGAUCACUCCCCACAUUAGACGGCUCAUGGAUGCCGGAAUCCUCAAGCGGUGCCAAUCCCCUUGGCACACCCCCUUACUGCCGGUGAAGAAGCCAGGGGGGACAGAUUACAGACCUGUCCAGGACCUGCGAGAAGUCAACAAGUGGGUGAGUGACAUACACCCUACUGUCCCUAACCCGUAUACCCUCCUGAGCAGCUUACUGCCUGAGUACACUUGGUACAAUGUGUUGGACUUGAAGGAUGCCUUUUUCAGCCUACCCCUGGUGGCCCAGAGCCAGGAGAUAUUUGCCUUUGAAUGGACUGAGGGGGAAAGCCAACCGGUAGUACAAUUAACUUGGACCCACCUCCCACAGGGGUUCAAGAACUCCCCUACCUUGUUUAAUGAGGCUUUGAGUGAGGACCUCUACGAAUAUCGGACUCGCCACCCAGAGGUCAUCCUGCUGCAAUAUGUAGAUGACCUUAUGUUGGCUGGAACUACAGAGGAGGCAUGCAGCCGUGCCACCGGGGACCUCUUACAGACUCUAGGCACCUUGGGGUAUCGCGCUAGCGCAAAGAAGGCACAAAUAGCCCGGCAAGAGGUCACCUAUUUGGGGUAUAAGAUCAGGCAGGGGCAAAGGUGGCUAACUCAUGCCAUGAAGGAAACAAUAUUUCAGAUACCAGAGCCCAAGACCCCCCGCCAGGUGAGAGAGUUUCUGGGGACUGUUGGAUAUUGCAGACUGUAGAUCAUGGGGUUUGCUGAGAAGGCCCGGCCCUUGUAUGAGGGAAGUAAAGAGACCCCAAACUGGACUUGGACUGAGUCAAUGAAACAGGCUUUCCAGACACUCAGACGGGCCCUACUAGAAGCCCCAGCCCUUGCCCUGCUUAACCCAAAUAAGCCAUUCCAGCUGUUUGUAGAUGAAAAGCAAGGAAUAGGAAAGGGGGUCUUGACGCAACAAUGGGGACCAUGGAAGCGGCCAGUGGCAUACCUUUUGAAGCGAUUAGACCCAGUGGCCACUGGGUGGCCCCCUUGCCUUCGCAUCAUUGCAGCCACUGCCCUCCUCGUCGGCGAUGCUGACAAGUUGACGUAUGGACAGCAACUCUUGGUUUACACCCCCCACGCCAUUGAAGGGGUUUUAAAGCAGCCGCGUAAGUGGAUCUCCAAUGCCCGCUUGACACAUUAUCAGGCCUUGCUGCUUGAUGCCCCACGGGUGCGUUUUCAGACCCCUUGCUUCCUGAAUCCAGCCACGCUCCUACCUAACCCAGAGAAAGACUGCUCUCUCCAUGAUUGCAGUGAGAUACUGGCUGAGGCCCUGGUGGCACGAAAAGACUUAACUGAUGCACUCCUAAACAACAGUGAGCUAGUAUGGUUCACCAAUGGGAGCAGCUAUGUAAAAUAUGGGCAAAGGAAGGUGGGAGCCACCAUAGUUGAUGAUUCAGGACAGACGAUAUGGGCUUCCCCCUAUCUUCCCCCAAACACUUCUGCACAAAAACCAGAAUUGAUUGCCCUAAUACAGGCUCUGGAGCAAGCCAAAGGGAAGAGAGUCACCAUUUUUACUGACAGCCGAUAUGCUUUCAGCACUGCCGAUAUUCAAGGUCCAAUAUACCAAGAAAGGGGAUUUCUGACAGCUGAGGGAAAGGAGGUCAAAAAUUUGCCCGAGAUUCGCAGGCUCCUGGAAGCUGUCCAACUGCCCCGGGCAGUAGCAAUAGUACAUGUCCCCGGUCACCAGAAAGGAGAAGACCCUAAGGCACGGGGGAAUCGUGCUGCUGAUGCGGCUGCUCGAGAAGCGGCUAGCCGGGACUACGCCGCCCCCAUAUUAGCCGUGGGACUUCCACCUCCUAGUAUGGGGGCCUUGCCACCAGUUCCAGAAUAUUCCCUCCCUGAUCUCACCUGGAUCAACGAGGAUACCACCCUCCAGAAGGAUGACAAAGAUGGAUGGUACCGGGACCAAAACAACAACCUGAUAUUGCCUGCCAUCCUGGGUCGUCACCUGUGUGAACACCUGCACACAACUACACACCUGGGAGAGAAAAAGACCUUAACACUUCUCCAGACAGCCUGCCCGAGGUUCCCUCAACAAAAUGCAGCUGUACGAGAGAUAAUCCAGGCUUGCAAAGCGUGCCAGCUGAUGAGGACAGGGAAAAAGCAGCACACGGGAACGAGGUACCGAGGGGAAGAGCCAGGGCAACACUGGGAGAUAGAUUUCACUGAGGUAAGGCCAGGCAAGUACGGGUAUCGCUAUCUGUUGGUUCUGGUAGAUAACUUCUCAGGGUGGAUAGAAGCUUUCCCCACUAAGGGAGAGACAGCAAUAGUGGUUGCUAAAAAGAUCUUAGAAGAGAUAGUGCCUAGGUAUGGGCUGCCAGUGACUAUGGGCUCUGAUAAUCGACCUGCCUUUGUGAGCCAGAUUGUACAAGGGCUGGCCCAAGCUCUGGGGAUAAAAUGGAAGUUACAUUGUGAAUAUAAUCCCCAGAGCUCAGGACAGGUUGAGAGAAUGAAUCGGACCCUAAAAGAAACUUUGACAAAGUUGGCAAUAGAGACUGGCGGGGACUGGGUGACCCUCCUUCCCUUCGCACUCUUUCGGGCGCAUAACACCCCUUAUAAGCUGAAUCUUACCCCGUUUGAAAUUCUGUACGGAAGACCCCCUCCUGUGUGUCCUACUUUCGAGGGAAAAUGCCUGCCAACCCCUACUUUGGGACAAUUUCAGCAAACUCUGAUGGCAUCAAGUAAGGUGCAUAACCAUGUUUGGAAACUGAUUAGAGAGAUACACGAGGGUCAAAGUAAGGGGGCCAUCCCCUCACAUAACAUUGGCCCAGGUGACCGGGUUUGGGUAAAACGGCACCGAUCUAAAGUAUUAGAGCCUAGAUGGAAAGGCCCUUGUGUUCUCCUUACCACCCCUACCGCCGUUAAGGUUGACGGGAUCGGACCCUGGGUUCACUGCAAUCACAUGUGGCAAGCUACUCCGGAGGAACAGGAAAGAGCGCGAGCAGAAUGGAAGGCAAGUCCUCACCCGUCAAAUCCUUUGAAACUGAAACUCGUCCAAUGAGAGGCCUCCUGAGUCUCCUACUGGUGGCAAUUCUCAUCAACCCAGGAAUAUCCAAUCCACACCAACCAUUCAAGAUCACCUGGAAGCUCAGCGACAGACAGACCCACGAGGUGAUCAACGAAACCUCAGGAAUCCACCCUCUCAACACCUGGUGGCCAGACCUGUACUUUAACCUCAGGAGACUCUUUGUAUGCUGGGUUGGGCUACACACUCUGCUAUAUGGAAGCCUGGGUGGACAUAUGGGGGACGCAUACGCCCACACUUAUGGAGUGGGGGACCUUCCUGGGUUUUUCGAUUGCCCAGGCAACAUUAGAGGUAAUUGGAAAACUUGUGGGGGUAUAGAAAGCUAU